AUGACGUCCUCUUUGUUGACUGAAUGUGUGUGUGUGUUUUCUAGUGUUGAUCAUGGAGGAAAAUCCAGGAUUACAGCAGGACCGAAGAAAUAUGCCUGUUUUCUCACACUGGAUCCAAACACAGCAAACACUGAACUCAGUCUGUCUGAGGAGAACAGAACAGUGACAAACAAGGACAAGAAACAUUCAUAUCCUGAUCAUCGAGACAGAUUUGAUUAUUAUUAUCAGGUGUUGUGUAGAGAGAGUGUGUGUGGACGCUGUUACUGGGAGAUUGAGUGGAGUGGAAAUGAAGGUGUGUACAUAUCAGUGUCAUAUAAGAGCAUCAGGAGGAAGGGACGGGGUAAUGAGUGUGCGUUUGGAAAUAAUGAUCAGUCCUGGAGUUUGUUCUGCUCUCCUGACAGAUACUCAUUCAAACACAAUAACAUAGAGACUGAUCUCCCUGUGAAGCCCAUCAUCAGUAGAAUAGGAGUGUAUGUGGAUGAGAGUGCAGGAACUCUGUCCUUCUACAGCGUCUCUGACACAAUGAGCCUCAUCCACACAGUCCAGAUCACAUUCACUCAGACGCUCUGUGCUGGGUUUAGGGUUAAUAUUGGAUCAUUAGUGAAACUGUGUUGGUGAAUGAGAAUAGACUGAUGAGAGAUUGUACCCAUAAUGCUUUGAGCUGAUGAUGAAUCAGUAACAGUGAGAUGUUAUAGAGUCUCUUCAUCACAUGAAUCUGAACAUGAAUCAGAAUAAAUGUGUGUGAUAAAUCCUCAUAUAGACAGUAAGAUCAGUGUGUGUGUAAGUAUAUUUGUGUUUUAUUGUUGUGUCUCAUCAAUCAUUUGUUUUAUUAUGAUCAAAAUCAUCUUUCAGUUCAAUACAAACAUGAUUCAUGAACAUGUCAUUCAUUUCUUUCUAUUGUUUUUGCACAUAAAUAAUAAAACACAGUCACAAA